CGGCUGAGCCAAGCCGCUGACCAACCUCAUGGAGGACCCCGCGGCGCCGGGGGCCGGGGCCCAGCCAACCAAUGGCAAUGGCAACGGCAACGGUAACGGCAAUGGCAACGGCGGCAAAGGGAAGUCGGCGGCGCCCAAGAGCCGGGAAGCGUUCCGCAGCCAGCGGCGGGAGUCGGAGGGCUCCGUGGACUGCCCGACUCUGGAGUUUGAGUAUGGAGAUGCAGAUGCGCAUGCAGCAGAGUUGUCAGAAUUGUAUAGCUACACUGAGAACCCGGAAUUCACCACCAACCGGCGGUGCUUUGAAGAAGAUUUCAAGACUCAAGUGCAAGGCAAGGAAUGGCUGGAGUUGGAAGAAGACGCCCAAAAGACCUAUGUGAUGGGACUUCUGGACCGGCUGGAGGUGGUCAGUAGGGAGCAGCGGCUUAAGGUGGCCCGGGCUGUUCUCUACCUAGCUCAAGGCACUUUUGGGGAAUGUGACUCAGAGGUCGAUGUGCUACACUGGUCCAGGUACAACUGCUUCCUGCUCUAUCAGAUGGGGACCUUCUCGACCUUCCUGGAGCUACUCCACAUGGAAAUUGACAACAGCCAGUCCUGUGGCAGUGCCCUUCGGAAACCAGCUGUCUCCAUUGCUGACAGCACAGAACUCCGAGUGCUGCUGAGUGUCAUGUACCUAAUGGUAGAAAAUAUCCGCCUGGAGAGAGAGACAGAUCCCUGUGGUUGGAGAACAGCUCGAGAGACCUUCCGCACUGAACUGAGCUUCUCCGUGCAUAAUGAAGAGCCUUUUGCCCUUCUGCUCUUCUCCAUGGUUACCAAGUUCUGUAGUGGCUUGGCCGCCCACUUUCCCAUAAAGAAGGUUCUGCUUCUGCUCUGGAAGGUGGUCAUGUUUACUCUUGGUGGAUUUGAGCAUCUUCAGGCUCUCAAAAUACAGAAGCGGGCAGAAUUGGGACUACCUCCACUGGCUGAGGACAGCAUCCAGGUGGUGAAAAGCAUGCGUGCCGCCUCCCCGCCCUCUUACACUCUUGACCUGGGGGAAUCUCAGCUGGCUCCGCCACCCUCCAAGCUACGAGGCCGCCGUGGUUCUCGAAGGCAACUCCUCACCAAACAGGACAGCCUGGAUAUCUACAAUGAAAGGGAUCUCUUCAAGACUGAGGAGCCAGCCACAGAGGAGGAAGAGGAGUCUGCUGGUGAUGGAGAACGAACCCUGGAUGGAGAGUUAGACCUGCUAGAACAGGACCCUCUGGUGCCACCUCCACCCUCACAAGCACCCCUCUCUGCUGAGCGGGUGACCUUUCCCAAGGGCCUACCCUGGGCCCCAAAGGUCAGACAGAAGGACAUCGAGCACUUCUUGGAGAUAAGCAGGAACAAGUUCAUCGGAUUCACCCUGGGGCAGGACACAGAUACCUUGGUUGGAUUACCUCGACCCAUCCAUGAGAGUGUGAAGACCCUGAAGCAGCAUAAGUACAUCUCCAUCGCAGAUGUGCAGAUCAAGAAUGAAGAGGAGCUGGAGAAAUGCCCCAUGUCUUUGGGAGAAGAGGUGGUACCAGAAACGCCAUGGGAAAUUCUCUACCAAGGCAUGCUGUAUAGCCUUCCCCAGUUCAUGAUCGCUCUGCUUAAGAUUCUGCUGGCUGCAGCCCCCACCUCCAAGGCUAAGACAGACUCUAUCAAUAUCCUGGCAGAUGUCCUCCCUGAAGAGAUGCCCAUCACUGUUCUCCAGAGCAUGAAACUGGGCCUUGAUGUGAACAGGCACAAGGAGAUUAUUGUGAAGAGUAUCUCUGCCCUGCUCCUGCUACUUCUCAAACAUUUCAAACUCAACCAUAUCUACCAGUUUGAAUAUGUAUCACAACAUUUGGUAUUUGCCAACUGCAUCCCCUUGAUCCUGAAGUUCUUCAAUCAAAAUAUCCUGUCCUACAUCACUGCCAAAAACAGCAUCUCAGUCCUGGAUUACCCCGGCUGUACCAUCCAGGAUUUGCCGGAGCUUACUACCGAGAGUCUGGAAGCUGGAGACAACAACCAGUUCUGCUGGAGGAACCUCUUUUCCUGCAUCAACCUCCUGAGGCUGCUCAAUAAACUGACCAAAUGGAAGCAUUCCAGGACCAUGAUGUUGGUGGUGUUUAAAUCCGCUCCAAUCUUAAAGCGGGCCCUCAAAGUCAAGCAGGCCAUGCUGCAACUUUAUGUCUUGAAGCUGCUGAAGAUACAGACCAAGUACCUGGGGCGCCAGUGGAGAAAAAGCAACAUGAAAACCAUGUCAGCCAUUUACCAGAAAGUGCGUCACCGCAUGAAUGAUGACUGGGCUUACGGGAAUGACAUUGAUGCCAGGCCAUGGGACUUCCAAGCAGAAGAAUGCACCUUGAGAGCCAACAUUGAGGCUUUUAACAGCCGCCGCUAUGACAAACCCCAGGACUCUGAAUUUUCACCUGUGGACAACUGCUUGCAGAGUGUGUUGGGGCAAAGGCUGGAUCUGCCUGAAGAUUUUCAUUACUCCUAUGAGCUCUGGCUGGAGAGAGAGGUGUUUUCACAGCCCAUCUGUUGGGAGGAGCUGCUCCAAAAUCACUGACUGAGCUCUUGUCAACAGAGCAUCUGAGGGAAGGAGGUUGGCUCCAAUAAAUGGUGCUCUGCCUUCCCUGCCCAUUGGGCCUUUUUAUCCAGCUCUGGAGUGCUUGUCAAGGGGAUAUCUGGUCUAGCAGCAUAGUCCAGGGCUAUUCUGGGGACUGUUGGGCCUGAAGAUGGUGCAAGGCUGAGUCACACCAAACUGCGCUAGGGUCAGCUGGGUGCCCAGUGGCCUUGGAAGUCUCUGGGUGGAUCAGCCUGAACAGGCUUUUUGAUGAGACCUGCUUUAGUCUUGCCUAGAACCAGGCUAGCCUUUGCUGGUCCCAAAAAUGAGAGAAAAUUUGCCAUGGCAUUUGGUCCAUGGCAUUCAUCAUAAGC